AUUUAUUUUUAAAUUUGUUUUAUUUUAUUACAGUAAAAAAUUUACACAAGUUUUCCAAGGUUACAUGAAUUCAUGUUGUUUCCUUCCCUCUUCUCUCCACACUUGGAGAGUUGACAAGCAAUUCCACUGGGUUUUACAUGUAUUAUCACUAAAAACCUAUUUCCAUAGUGUUCCUUUUUGUAAGAGUCAUCUUCUAAAACCCAAACCCCAAAUCAUAAACUCAAAUAAGCAAAUGAUAAAUCAUACGUUUUCUUGCAUUUCUACUCCAACAGUUCUUUCUCGGCAGGUGGAUAGUAUUCUUUUUCAUAAGUCCCUCAGAAUUGUCCAGGAUCACUGUUUUGUUAUUAGUAGCAAAGUCUAUUACAUUUGAUCUCUCACAAUGUUUCAGUUACUGUGUACAAUGUUCUCCUGGUUCUGCUCAUUUCACUCUGCUCUGUUCAUGUAGGUCUUUCCAGUUCUUAAAGAAAUGAUCAGGUUCAUCAUUCCUUAUACAUCACCAUCAUAUACUACAAUUUGUUCAGCCAUUCCCCAAUUGAGGGCUAUCCCUUCAGUUUCUCAUUUUUUUGCCACCACAAAAAGCAGCUAUUAAUAUUUUUGUACAAACCUGUUCAUCUCCAUUUGUAAAAAUAUUUUUUUGGGAUGCAGACGUAGUAUUGCCCCGGGAUCAAAAGGCAUGCAUUCUUUUAAAACCUUUUGGGCAUAAUUCCAAAUUGCCUUCCAGAAUGGUUGGAUCAAUUCACAACUCCACCAGCAAUGCAUUAGUGUCCCAGUUUUGCCUAAGUGACAGUUUUUAAAAAGCAUUUAUUGUGGCAAAUGCAUUUAUUAUGAAGGGAUAUUGUAACAAGAAAUUAUGUACAGGUUUUAUAGGAUUCAGUGCUAGAAGCAAUCUUAAAAGGUCUUUUAAGCCAACUUGUUCAUUUUUCCAUAUGAGGAAACUGGUCUAGAAAAGCAAAGUAAUUUUUCUAACGUGAUACAGUGGCAGAACCCAAUCAUGAAUCUAGGUUUUCUGACACCUUUACAAACACAUGGUUCCUACCUCUACGACCUAUUCCAGACUCUCACCUGUACCCUGCAUACUAAAUUAUUUUGAGGAACAGCCAUCCUGUUAUAUUCACCAUAGCAAUAUGAAAGGGGAAGUUUUGUUUAACUAAAAAUUUUAAUUAGAAAAAAAAUUGGGACCAUGUUUUCUUGAAGAUUUCUCUUUCAUCAAUGGUUGUGACAUUAUAUAAAAUUCUUUGGUCUCAAGGAGAAAAGGACAAAUCACUUGAUUUUAAAAAUAUUUUUUAUUUAUUUUUUAGUCAAAAUCAGGUGAGGUUCCGGACCUAGAGGUCAAUGGCACAACUGCCAACAUAUAACUUAUCUCUCUAAGGCUACCUACCGGAUGAAGGUAAGACAACUAAAGGAAACCGGAAAAAGGUUGCAGAGGCCAGCGGGUGAAGUCGUCCGAACACAGCCGUCCCGGUGGCAAUUCGGAAUCUUCUCUACAGCUAUUGAGCAGCCAGCCUUUCCAUCAACCAGACCAGCUAGGGGAAGUGUUCCUACUAGCCCCUAAAGCCAGAGCGAGCUGGGCGUUUUUUCCAUCCAUUCCCACUCGGUCCAGGAUUCUUGGUCGAUCCCCGCCCUGCCCAGGGUCCAAAUUCCGCACCCAACACAACCCUGCCAAGCCCAGUCCUGCCCUUUCCCUCUUUUCCGCUCAGGGUCAGGGCCAAGACCUGGUAACUCGGAAUGCGGAACAGCUACUGGAAUCUACCACCUUACGGAAUCAGAGGUGUAGUUUGCCAGUGUGGAUGACAUCUGCCAAAUAUAGAGUAAGAAAAUGCCACGAAGGAAUGGCCAAACAGCGCAGAAGAAGUUAUGCUACUCUCUCUGGGUAAAAGAGUUCCCUAAUUUUAUCCCGUCACCGCGGGACCGAGAGACAACACUAUCGUCAGCAUCCCAUUUAUUCUUAGUUGGACUGCGCCACUUCCGGAAGUGGAGGAGUCGGGACGCCCAGACUUUUUCCUUUAGUGGGGGAAGUCUGGUUACUGUCACCUCGUAGCUGUUCUGCUCCAGUCUCGCACUAAAGGGGAAAACCCUGAAUUUCUCUUGGUUCUUUGUGGCAACGGAAUUCACUAGCCAACAUGUCAAGCAAAAAGGCAAAGACGAAGACCACAAAAAAGCGUCCUCAACGGGCAACUUCCAAUGUAUUUGCUAUGUUUGACCAGUCACAGAUUCAGGAAUUUAAGGAGGCUUUUAACAUGAUUGAUCAGAACAGAGAUGGUUUCAUUGACAAAGAAGAUUUGCAUGAUAUGCUUGCUUCCUUAGGGAAAAAUCCAACUGAUGCAUACCUAGAUGCUAUGAUGAAUGAGGCUCCAGGUCCAAUAAACUUCACUAUGUUUCUUACUAUGUUUGGUGAGAAGUUAAAUGGAACAGAUCCAGAAGAUGUGAUUCGAAAUGCUUUUGCUUGCUUUGAUGAAGAAGCAACAGGAACCAUUCAGGAAGAUUACCUGAGAGAGCUACUGACAACAAUGGGGGACCGAUUCACAGAUGAAGAAGUAGAUGAGCUGUAUAGGGAAGCUCCGAUUGACAAAAAGGGAAAUUUCAAUUAUAUAGAGUUCACACGCAUUCUUAAACAUGGAGCAAAAGACAAAGAUGACUGAAAGGAAUCUCAUAUCUGUCAAUUACUCUUGAUUCACUUAUGUUUCAUUCCAAGAUUCCUUUUUUUUCCCGAUAGAACCCACUGUAUACAUUUAGCUUCACAGCCUCGGCUUUUCCUUAUGUAUUUAUUCCAGGCCCUUCUGCCAUAUGUGUUUGUGUAAUCAUACUGGAAUUGGGAAUGAUAUUGUAAAUUGUUUUGAAAAGAGUUUGAGAUUUUAAAAAAAAAUCAAUGAAUUUUGUGAAAGCCCAGAAAAAAAAGAAUCUCAAUAUUUCUGGUUUUGCUGGAUUUUUACAUUUUUAUAAUAUAAAUGCUAUUUUGAAAUAAAGAUUAUGUCAACUCAAAGUAAAAUAUCAUGCAUGGCAAGUUAAACAGAUGUGUGGGGCGUUUUAGAAUUAUUUUUGAGAGAUUUUCAACUUUACAUGGUUCAAAUCACGUGGUCAAGCUGGUUUGCUGAUGUGAAUAUUGAACAAUGUACAUCUGGACUUUAAAUAUCUUUUUAACAUUAAUGUGAAGUAAAAACUGUUAUGCCUACUUGGACUUUUGUCAUGCUUUUAGUUAAAUUCGUAUUUUAGAUUAUUACAUAAUUAAAUUUUUCUUCAGAAGAUGUUUGUUUACUUAAAUUAUUUUAUAAUUUUAAGUUUAAUCCCAGGGCAGGAGGAAAAUACAAGGGGCUCACUCCAUUUGCCCCCAAACCCUAGAUUACCAAAACUCACAUCCAGUGAAAUGAGAACUCUUUCAGGGGCCAGUAUGUACAAUCCUAAUUUAAGUGAAGUAUGUAUAGGUUAUUAUUUAUGGCACCUGUUGGGUUAUUCCUAGAUGUCUGGGAGCAGAAACCAUUUAAGAUCAUCUCACAUGUGACUAGAAAUGAUACUGGCCAGAUUGUGGCAGGAAAAGUAGGUUGUUUUUUAAGUGGCCUCUAAGGUGAUAAAAGUAUAGAUUGAAAUCUUAAUAUUUAAGGAAAAAACUGGAAAAUCAUGACCAAAGAACUUGAUUACCAAAAUUUUUUACACCAAAGUAACCCUUGUGAUAUAAUGAUUUAAAUCUUAUUAACAUUUCCUUAUGAACCUGCAAUCGGUAUUGCUCAGCUUUCUCAAAGAAAUCAUUUGUGUUUAUAUGCAUACACACAACUGCAACUGAUAAAUUAGAUAUUGUUAAAGUAAUUGUAUUUGUGCAAGGGAAAGGGCAUCACACAUUUCCUUUGCCUCAGGCAUUAAUAUUGUACGUAUUCUGCUUUUAGACCUGACCAGUGGUAAUCCAUUAUAAGUCUUAGGAAGAUGCUUUGAUUCAGCCACUGGAAGAGGUGAGGGAUUCCAGACAAUCCUAUAAGAUUGUAGACAGUAAUCAUCAGUAUAAUCAUCAGUAAUUUGUAGAGAAAUGUAAACAGUGUCCAUGGUACAAGCCUACCUAAGAGCACAUAUCAAACACUUCUCAAGCCGUGGGGUGAUCGUCCACAAAUCAGAGCUAUCCAGAGGAAAGGAGUCCAGAGGAUUUGAGAGCUAUGAUAGUGGGGACUUUUGAUAGUUGGCAUAUCUUAGUGUUUUACAAUCUUCGCCCUAAGAAUGUUAUUACUUUUUUUUAUUAAAGCCAUAAUUUCAUUUUGUUAACAUUGCCUUACAAUUGUAUCUUUGUUUACAAAUCACUUCUGUAUAUACUCUUUUUAUCCUCAUAACUGAGGAUAGGUUGAAUAAGUAUUACCAAGUAGGUUGAUUGGUUGGGGGUCUUUUGCACAUAUUUACUGUUAUUAAAUGACAAAGCACUUAUAGUUCAAUACAGAAUUGAUUUCAUUCCUUAAAAUGCUUAAAAUCCAGACUGCCAUUUACUAGCUGUGUGACUUGAAGCAUGUCAUUUUCAUCUUGGCCUCAGUUUCUUUAUCUGUCAAGCAAGGAAACUGACUAGAUGAUUCCUAAGAUCUCAUAUGCUUUCACAUUCUAAUUCUAUUAAUGCUUAAGAAGAAAAAAAAAUCCCCUUGACUUAAUGGGGAAACACCUUACCUUCCUGUUAACCUUCCUCCUGUCACCUUCCUCCCACAGUUGUAACUUCAUUCUUGCCCUCUCUAGAACCUGAUGUAAAAUUUUAAGUAACUCAAAAUGUAAAAACUCAGCAAAACCUGUUAACGUGAAAUUUUACUUUUAAUUUAAAAAAUUUUAAAACACAGCAAUCUGUCUUGUAAUAUUUUGUUACUGUGUUUUUUCUUUAUGUCCCUUGUAAGUAAUGUGUGGGAGGAGGGAUGAAGGGGUGAAGGAGGGGAAGUUGAUUAAAAUCAAACUCUGUACAUUACCUGCCAUGGGAUCUUGUGCAUCUUAGGUGUGUAAUAAAUGUUAUUGGCAUGAGA